UAAGCUCGCGGCCACGGAUGUGUGACUUACCGGCGUCUUGUUGUUUAUAGUUUUUCAGGUCCCAGUCUGGCGAAGUGCUUCGUUUUUCGGUAUUUUCCGGAUCUGAGCGCCCUUUAUGAUUGUAUGAAAAUAUACAGACAACAUGGAUAUGUUGUAUGUUGUACAAAAGAAACAAAGUGCUCCAAACUUUCUGUCGUCGUAUCCAAUACCGACAAUAUGUAAAAUAUCCUCAUGUAAUGUGCUUGCUUUUGCCACUGGAGUGGAACUCCAUGAAGUGACCAACAGUGCGUGGGGCUCGCAUGUUUAUGUUUGCGAUAUCAACACUCCUUGGCAUACCUUUCUGGUAACGUCUAGCGACUAUUGUAUUACUGUUCUUGAAUGGGACAUUACUGGAAAUAGUUUACUUAUUGGAGAUUCGGAGGGAAAUGUACAAAUAUGGAUUCGGAAAAAUUUUCUAUUUUCCGAAUGGAUUCAAUUGUAUUAUGUACAGUUCACCGGCGAAAGGAUAAUCAAAGCCGUAUUUUUCCACAAUGGACGUAAAAUUGUAUUCCCUCCAGAAAAGCGAGAUGUAAUUUACUAUAUGGAGAAAUUCCAAAGAGUGAAAAGCACACCAAGUGUCCGCCAAUUCGGAGGUGUAGCUGCAGAAGGAUGUCUGAUAAUCACCGCAACCGGUUUGUUGGGUGCUUUCCUUAUUCCUAUGGAACAACAGAAAAGCUACAAUGGACCCAUUCAAUUAAUUCCUGUAACGGAAAGUCUGGCCUCCACACGAAAUUAUCUAACAACAGCAGCUGUUACUUAUGGAAAAUGUUCGAAUUUCAUCGAUGGAAACUUUCGAAUAGCGGUAGCUAAUGGUGAAUGUCGAAACAAGCUUGCCAUGACCGUGCAAGCAUUUCGAGUGGUGGUUAAGAUCAAGGAGAACAAACUAACAUUGACUAGUCAGUCAUUGCCCAGUUUCUAUUUAUAUGAUGGCGCCGGUCGCGAUAUCCCUGAAAUGAAAAUAACUCAUCUUUAUUGGACGGCAACCGAGGAUGCUGAUUCAUUGAUUGUCGUGGCUAAAAGUCCAAGUGGAUGUUUCGUGGAAGCUUGGAGCUUAGUUGAUAAGGUCACACCGAUCCAUAAACUGUUGCAGACUAAUAAGACUGAAGUUUAUAAGACAGUUUGCUGGUCAAAUCAAAUGCACUUCACACACAGUUCUUCUAUCAAUGACAUAUGCAUAUCAAAAGUAACUUUUGAACAAACAUAUAUUUUUCUUACGAUGGCAGACAACAGUAUUCAAGUUUUGUUGAAGGAUUUUAAAAGGGUUUUAAACGUAACUCCGUCACUCAAUAUUUUUGACAGUGAACACACAUUCAAGCAGCCACGGCUUGGGAUUCAAUACCUCGCACACGACAUCACAUUCCUCGGUCAUAUGCUUGUUGUAAUUGAUAGCAUCGGUCAGAUUUACGCCUUUAAAAUGCCGCAAGUGUAUCAAGAACAAAAUAGCAGCCAAAAUGUAGUCAGCCACAUAACGUCUCUCCUUGAAUAUAGUAUUGUGACAGGAUACGAUGCAGUGGAUGUAUUUGUUUCUAUCCGUCCUAACCUUCUAGAGGCAAUCAUCGAAAAACUAACCGAAAAUUUUACCAGGCAACAAUCCCACACGCAACAAUAUUAUUAUGUAAAUUUUUUGACGAUGAAGACAAAUUUGUAUAGGCUUUUAACGCCAGGACAAGCUAACGAUUUGACAAACCUCCUAAUGCUACAUUCGAUUUUGAUUGCAUUCAAAAGUCUGUUACGGCCUUCUGAUCUCCCAAGUCAUGAAAAAGGACCCGUGGAGAAUUUAGCAUAUGUUUUAUCAGAUUUACAAACGGAUGUUGAUAAAGUCUUACUUAAUUUGGACGCCAAAGAUUUUACCGUGGAACCGUUGACGCUGCAAAACCUUCAGCAGCUAAUACAGUGGGUGGCGGAUUUGGCUUUGAAUAUUUUAGCGAGAUUACCACAAAAUGUCGGUCAAUCGAAAAACAGUGGCUACGAUAUUAGCAAAGAUAUUGUGGCACUGAAUAGUAUAAGAGAACUUUUGGUAAUGAUAAGGAUAUGGGGACUUCUCAACGCUCACUGUUUACCCGUAUUCCAUCGAUCUGGCGAGAAUCUUGAUAUUUUGGCUACGCUAUUCAGACUACUGAGUCGUUUAGCAUUGAAUCCAUCGGAACCUGAUGAACUUCUGGACGAAUGCUGCUUACUGCCAAGCCAGGUUCUUAUACCGCAGCUCCAGAAUAUUACAUCGUUUACAACAGUGACUUCGCCUUUAUUGCAUAUGAAUACUUUACCAAUUUGCUUAUCCUUCCACGUCGAACCGGAAUGCUUAAAAUUCUGGCGGGACAAUUCGCCGAUUGAAGGUGGCAUCACGAACGAUGGCAUGGUCGAUAGUGUAAGGAAUUUAUUAUUAGGUAAAAAGCCGGCGAUCGCAAGAAAGUGUUUACGUUGUGGAACGUACACCAGCGAAGGAGUCGAGGCGAAAACGGCAGCUAUGCGAGCAUGGGAACAGCGCUGGGCAAAUAAUUGUCGAUGUGGCGGUUUCUGGGUGCUUCAGAAAAAUUAACAAGUUUCUCUUUUUGUUUUAAGUCUCUUUUAUUUUUAAGGGCAAUUAUUUUAUAGGAUAAUAAAUAAU